CGAAGCGGCACCGCAUUUAGGUGAUGACGAUGACGAUCCAAUGGUUGAAUUCCACGUGGCAUUGCUAUUCCGAGAGUUGCACACGUGUCAGCGCAGUGCAAAAUCAGCUCUCUGUUUUCUGAAUCUCACACCAAGGCGGCAUAGGAAAUGUGGAAGCGCAACAAGAAGAGCUACUUAGCAAUGAGGAGGGAAUUUGAAGAUGAAGCAGCUGAAUUAAUUGGUUCGGAUCUGAGGGACCUUGGUUUUGCUGCUAAUAAACUCGCCAAAAACGCCGUUAAACUAGCUGCUGUGUCCGGCGCCGGAGUCAUUGUGCUUGAAUCCAUUGCUUCCAUCGCUGCUAUCUAUUUGCUGAUUUUGGAUCGUACAAACUGGAACACCAACAUUCUUACAUCACUUCUCAUUCCAUACAUUUUCUUCAGCUUACCUUCAUGGAUUUUCGGAUUCUUCAGGGGUGAUGUUGGGAAAUGGAUUGCUCUAAUUGCAGUUGUACUGCGACUUUUCUUUCCAAGGCGGUUCCCUGAAUGGCUGGAACUUCCUGCUGCUUUGAUUCUACUCGUUGUGGUAGCUCCAGGUCUGUUUGCAAGCACCGUUAGAAACAAUGCAGUAGGGGUGAUAAUAUGCCUUGCCAUUGCAUGUUACUUGCUGCAAGAACAUAUUCGCGCUUCCGGUGGUUUCAGAAACUCCUUCACCAAACCUCAUGGCAUUUCCAAUACGUUAGGCAUAAUCCUUCUGUUGGUGUAUCCUAUCUGGACGCUCGUGCUCUACAUUCUAUAGGUACAAACAGUUUGGAUGCGUAUAAAUGACGAGUGAAUUCGCGUAUUCAAAUAUCGUUCACCUCUCUUGAUUCAGCAGCGUUUUAUUCCUUGAAAAAGAAUGCAAUGUUGCCACAUAGAAGGUGAAUCGACACUGAACAUGAAGACUCUAAAUGUGACAUAGCUGCAACAUUUUCAGAUUCUGUAUCUGUCUUUCUUUGCUAAGUGUUCUUGUGGCGCAAUUUGUAAAAUGGUACUAAGCUUAAAAUUCAAGUGAAUUACAAAAAUAAUUAUAAGAAAAGAAGAAGGUUGGUGAUGUA